AUGGCCGAAGCUAAGACUAAAGCUCAAAGCAUCAUCGAUGAGAAUGCCGUUGCGGUGUUCUCCAAAUCGUAUUGCCCCUACUGCAGCGCCUCGAAGCGCCUUCUCGACAGUCUAGGUGCCAAGUACAAGUUGGUAGAGUUGGACGAAGUGCCUGAUGGCUCUGCUAUCCAAGAUGCGCUUCAGGAGAUUUCAGGUCAACGCACCGUUCCCAACAUCUGGAUCGGAAAGAAGCACAUCGGUGGCAACUCAGAUUUGCAAGCUAAAUCUGGCGAACUGAAGAGUCUGCUUACCGAGGUCGGCGCUUUGUGA